AUGAAGAUACAAAUAAUAAUUGCUUUCUUUUUAGUAUAUUUAACCACAGCUUAGCAGUUUUAAUGCACUAACACACUUAAAAAUCCAAAACCUUCAACCGCUUAAGGAUACAGGUGCAUGAUUGCAUCAAAAACUGAUUUUAAAGAUAAAUUUAUUAUGGAUUAUUGGAAAUAUUACAAUAUAGAAACUAACAGUCCUAUUACAUCAUCUAAUUAAAGAAUGCCUUAAUGUUCUAAUACAAUUUCAGGUUAUAAUUCGGGAAUUUAACUUGAUAUAGACUUUAGUGCAAAUAAAUAAUAUUUGGACUCAGUUUAUAUCAGUUUUAGUUUGAUUUACCCUGAAGCGACUACUUCUUGUAUACUGACUGCCUUUUGGUAGAAUACAUAAUAUUUACAAAAUGUAUAUUAUAUAGCAUAUUUUCCCACUAGCUAAGAUGAUAAUUGUGGAUAUAAACUGAGCAAAUUUUUUGUGAAUAUUCCUAUUUUGGCGAAAACUCCAACAGCUUAAUCAAUUUCUAUUAAGUUUGAAAUUUUUUAGUAUUAAGUUAUUCAGACAACUGCUAUAACGGAUUAUGAAGUUCUUUUUUAUUUUUAGUGCCCAUAUGCCUGUACUGGUGUUUGUCCUGGAGGUGUAUGCUAAACAUGCCUAGAUGGUUACAAUUUAAAUUCAGGUAAGUGCAUAUUACAUUGUAAUCCAGGUUAAUAUCUAAACAUUAUUGCUUCUACAGAAUAGUUUUGCUAAUCUUGUUUCACGAAUUGUGACAAGUGUUCUGAUGGAACAACAUGUGAUAACUGCAAAAAUGGAUAUGUUUAUAUGAAUAUUAAUAGUACAAAUUAAUGUAUUCAAAAGUGUUCAUAGUCUAAUUAAUAUUUAGAUUCAUAAGGUGUAUGCUAAAACUGCAUGUAAAGUUGUGAUACAUGCUCAUAGGCUAAUGUAUGUGAUACCUGUGCUGCUAACUAUAUUAAAACUUAGGCAAAUACUUGUUAAUGUUCAGGCUAUUUAAGUGGUAAUUAAUGUCUACCAUGCUAUUCUUCUUGUUAAACUUGCAGUGAUGGCUUAAAAACAAGUUGUUAAUCAUGUAAAAGUGGUUAUUAUCCUGUUUUAAAUAGCCUUAACUAAGCUUAAUUUGAGUGU